AUGGAUGUACUCGCCUUAGAGGCAAAGAGUGGUGGAGGUCCAGCAGACAAUGAGAAGAAGAGUUCAUCGAGGCCAAAACCGAAACCUCCCAAAAAGGCCAAAAGGAUUGUUUACUUUGAGGUGGAGAUUGUGGACUUAAAGACUAAAGACAAACUGCUGCUGCUGGACAAAGUGGAGCCAACUGCCACUGUUUUGGAUAUUAAAGCUUUGUUUCACAAAUCAUAUCCAAAGUGGUAUCCAGCCAGACAAUCCCUGCGUUUGGAUCCAAAGGCCAAGUGUCUCAGGGAUGAGGAAGUUCUGCAGACACUUCCUGUGGGAACCACAGCCAGCUUUUACUUCAGUGACCUCGGACCUCAGCUGACAUGGGGAACCGUGUUCCUGGCAGAGUGCGUCGGCCCACUGGUCAUCUACUUAAUGUUCUACUUCCACCUUCCCUUCAUCUACUCUCCCAAAUAUGACUUCACCAGCAGCAAGCACUGGGUCGUACACUUGGCCUGCAUAUGUCACUCCUUCCACUACAUCAAGAGGAUCCUGGAGACACUGUUUGUGCAUCGUAUCUCCCAUGGGACCAUGCCUCUCAGAAACAUAUUUAAGAACUGUGGCUAUUACUGGUGCGUUGCAGCUUGGAUGGCGUACUACAUUAACCACCCUCUGUACACCACACCCUAUUACGGGCAGCAGCAGGUGAACACAGGACUUUAUAUUUUCCUGUUCUGUCAACUUGGGAAUUUUUCCAUCCAUGUUACUCUGCGUAACCUCAAACCACCAGGUUCAAAAGUCAAGAAGAUUCCUUACCCAACGAAAAAUCCUUUCACAUGGAUGUUUUGGCUGGUCUCUUGUCCAAAUUACACGUACGAGGUGGGCUCCUGGAUCGGCUUCACAGUGAUGACCCAGUGUGUUCCUGUGGCUUUCUUCACUCUUGUGGCUUUCAUCCAGAUGACAGUGUGGGCCAAAGGCAAACACUACAGCUACUUAAAGGAGUUCAGAGAUUAUCCAACCCUGCGCUCCUCCAUACUCCCCUUCAUCCUGUAGAGCCGGCAGAGAAAACAAGAGUUGCUACCCACCUCCACCCCCUCACUGAUCGGAUCCUUUCUAAGGGCCUCUCCAUCUACUGGAUGUCAGAAAGUGUGAGCAGCAUGGAUGGAUUUUGGUCAUAUGGAACAUUUUCUCCAUAACAUGGAGUGGCUGUUGGGGUUAUUGUGAAUACAGGACUGGUGAAUGCAGGACUGUUGGAGACAAAGGAGUUAAAUGAAGCAAAGUCUUAAAUUUAAUGUUUUUUGUGUUCUUGAGCAGCAAGAGGAUGAAGAAAAAUAUUUUGUUACUUUGGUAAAUUGUAACAUGUUUGAUGAGUGCUGUUUAGUUUUUCAAAAGUCACAUUAUUUUCCGUAGCUUUUGGAAACCAGAUCGGUGAAGUUUCCCACAGAGCUUGGCAACCAAGAGGCUAAUCUGCGUUGUCAGACUGGUGUGCAGCCUGGAGCUGACAGUUAAGCAGUGUUCUACUGAUCCAAGUAACCUUUACACUAUAGUUGUGCUAAUGAUAUCUGGAUUAGAAAUUCUAUGCAGAUUCCCACAUUUUCCACCAAGGGUGAAGAGAAAUCUUUACUUUUUGGCUGAUCGUGGAUUAAGUGUCUUUCUGACAUAAUACAACAUAAUGGAGAGAAAAAAAACUGCUGACAGCAUAAACACGCACAUGUGCUACAAACAUACUGUAUACCUCUAACCUACACAAGAUGAUUAUAGUGCAAAAAAAGUGUUCAAUUAAAAAGUAUAAAGAACAAGUUUCAGUCAUCAUAUCAUCAUCAUAGUAUUGUGGUUUUUA